AUGUCUGACAACAUUGGACCAAAAGAGUUGUCGAAUGCAUUCAAAUAUCUACUUGCCUAUCAACUAGACUCAAUCGCCUCAGACGGAGUGAUGCCGUCUGCACAUGGGGCAUUGCACAAAUUACUGUGCUCGUGCUAUUCGAAGAACACUGAGGUGGUUGAUAUCUAUGGAGGGGAUAAUGAACAGGAAAAUCAAGAGCAGUACACAAAACGGGCAAUAACUUCGAGCCCUUCUGAAAAUAACAACAUGAAAAAAGCAAUUCUUCCUGCCCCAUCGUCGCCUUCUCAAUUUCCGACGUCUUCUGAAUUGAGUACAACAAUCCAAAAAGUUGAUGAAUUGAAAAAGAGAAAAGAUGAAAUGAGAAAGAAGGAAAAAGAAGAGAAACAACAAUCUCCGAUCAUUGUAGAAGUUUACGAUGACACACCUCAUUCCAAGGUUUGCAUUUUACUCUUUUUUGGAAGAAAAUAUAGAAAUUCUUAUGGGUAA